AUGUAAGCCAAAUUACCUGGAGGAAAUGGUCAUCUCUCACCUAAUUUACAUUUAAAUGAAAUUGCCUAUCUUGGUGCUCACAAUUCGCCUAUGUCAAAAUGUUAUGGAUGGAAAUAUACACAACAAAAUGUCUCUAUAACAGAGUAGUUUGAAAAGCAUGGUGCUAGGCAUUUCAAAUUCCCAUUACAUUGGCAUGUUGAAAAGGGAGUCCCUUAAAUCGUCAUUGCACAUGAAGGAGAUGGAGGAUCAAAUUGUAAAUUAAGUGUCUUAUAAAGACUAUUUACUGAUCCAGAAUCAGCUAGUCAUCGUCUCAAAGAAUUAUUUAAUUUGGCAUAUAAGUAUCCUAAUGAAAUCAUGAUUGUCAAAAUUGAGAGCAAAUUAACAGAACACACUAAGGAAAAUGGAACACUAGGAUAGAAUGAAAGUGAUGAUGAUUUAAAGUUGCAUAAUUUGCUGGUCGAACUUAAUGCUCCUUAAAGAGCUAUAACAUUUUAAGACAAUAAUCCACCAACAUUAGGAUGGUGUAGAGAAAAUCAAAAGAAUAUCUUGAUUACUAUUGAGCCCAGGGGAUAGAUUGGGGAUUACUUACUUAAAUAUACGCAUUAUUCAUAUGAUGUUAGUUGUCAAGUAAAUUAUAAUUUAGAUCCUUUGGAGGAUGUAAAAAACGGGGAUUUGCUAAACGGUAAGACUUGGAACCCUUUUUUAGAAAUCCAUUUAUAUGCAGAAAAUGCUUUAAAGUAAAAACUCAAAUAAAAACUUCCUUUCGUAACAGACAAGUAUAAUGACUAUAGUCAUGUCAAAAAAAGAUUUAAACAAUUCAACACUCAUUGCAACAAAAUGCCUAACUUUAUUCUGGCUGAUUAUGUGGAUCAGGGAAAUCCUUCAAAGGCAAUAGACGAGGUUAAUGAUAUAAUCAAUAAAAAUGGUUGUUUUAAACCUGAAUUAUUGUGA